AUGACGCAUUUCUACGUUGAAGGCAUCCGAUUCCACUGGUUAUACCCUCAUGAACAUGAAUGGGAGUGUAGAGAGGGUGUUAGAAACUUCAUUGCUAUCGUCAGGAACUGGUGGAAACUGCCAAUCAGAGCGUUUCACUAUGACAACGAGAAGGCUGCUGGAUUAGUGGUCGAAAGCUUCCUUAGUAAUAUCGGCAUCAUUAUAUCGCACAGUAUCCCCUAUCACCCUGAACAAAACGGCCCUGCCGAAAGAUCAGGAGGAGUGAUUUUGACUAUGGCGAGACACUUGCAAGUCGAAAGCAAGCUACCGAAGGAACUUUGGCUAGAGAUGAUUCUCCAUCGUAUCUCUACCUACCUGAAGCAGGAGAAUCGCUGGAUCGUGCCAUGGGAUGAUGCACGAAGAGAUUUCGGCGGCGAGAGGAUGAAGAAGGCUAAUCUAGCCAACCUGCGCGAGUAUAGCUCUCUGUUGUACUGCCGUAUCCGCAAUAUCCCACGCAUCAAAAAGACCGGCCCCCGUGCAUAA